UUUGUCAAAUCUACCUUCUUAUCUCCAAGCAUGGGAUCUCCGAGCUCUCCAAGUAUGAAAGCUUCCAGCUGAUAGUUGACAACCAGAGCGGUCUCCGUCGGGUGAACAUCAAUAGCUCCAGCCCGAAUUUUCCUGGACAAAGGCGUUCUGGUGCAGAUGUGUGAUUUGGCUUUAUCUCAAAUCUCAAUAUUGAUUAUUAAUAAUAAUAAUUAAUUUCACCAAAGUUUGAAUUUGGAGAAUUUUCAAUCUCAAAAUUAUGAUUGCCUUUGGAAUCCUCAUUGUGGUUUUGGUUGCCUCAGCUUUCUCGCAAGAUAUCGCUUGUAUGAAUGGCACCCUGCCCAAUGAAUAUUUGGUGCCUAAUCCCCGUUUAAAGGAUAUUGCUGUUCAGCAUAAAUCAAGAUGCCCCACACAUGCUUCAGUCCGACAUUUCCAAGGCAUUAGCCUGGGAUAUAUUACUCCAUGGAAUAAUCAUGGCUAUGAUAUUGCCAAGUGGUUUGGACACAAGUUUACCCACAUAUCUCCGGUAUGGCUCCAAAUCCUUCAUAAUGCAGAUAUGAAGUAUAAAAUCAGUGGAACUCAUGACAUUGACUCCAAUUGGAUGAGUGAUGUCAAAAAACAUGAUGUUAAAAUGGUUCCAAGAAUUUUAUUGGAUGGAUGGACUCCGCAGCAUAUCCAGGAAUUAGAAGGACAAGCGGCAAGGGAUAAGGUGAUCAAGUUGAUAACAAAUCUUAUAAAGAAAUAUGAUUUUGAUGGCAUUGUACUGGAAGGAUGGAUGCAACUAAUAUCUUCAGGAAAUGUUGUUUCUGCGAUGGAAUUUGUUAAACUUCUUUCCAUCAAGCUGCAAACUCUUAAUAAAGACUUUAUUUUGGUCAUCCCACCAAUUCGUGGGCCACAGACUAUUUUCGGAAACAGACAUUUUGAUCUUCUAGCUGAUACAGUAACAGCAUUUUCAAUUAUGACCUAUGAUUAUUCAAGCAGUCAGAGAAAUCCAGGACCCACUAGUCCAUUGCAGUGGAUGAAGGAGAGUGUUGAGCUUGUAGUUCCCCAAAAUGAGAAUUCUAAAAGAGCAAAAAUACUCCUUGGUAUGAAUUUUUAUGGCUAUCAUUUCACCUCUGGUGGCCCAGAGGCUAUACUCGGCAACCAGUUUGUUGACUUAACAAAAUCAUUAAAGGGUAAAAUGAAGCUUGACCGGGAGUCAGAAGAAAACUUUGUUGAAAUUAAGACAAAGUCAGGAAAGCAUACAAUAUACUAUCCAACUAUAUAUUCCAUCAAGCAAAGAAUUGAGUUGGCAGAAGAGUUAGGAGUUGGCAUUGCCAUUUGGGAGCUUGGGCAAGGCUUGGAUUACUUUUAUGAGCUGCUAUAAAACAUCAAAUCGAAUCCCAUAAAAAUGAAAAUGUAAAUACUAUAGGGGGCUUGCAUUGAUUUUGGUUGAAAAUUGUUAAAAAAAUACUUUAUUUGAUACUACAUAUUGAUACUUGUU